AUGGCUUUCUCCCGCCGCUUUACCGCGGCCGCCCUGCUCGCCUCCACCCUCUCGAUCCAAGCAGCUGCCGUCGAUGUCGAGAUCCCGGUUUCAGCCGUGACCUCGGAAAUCGAGUCUGACUGGACGUCUGUCUACUAUGGCAGAACCCCUCUCCUCCUCGGCAACGAUGGUACUGCUGGUAGCGGUGGAUGGCUCGCCUGGAACGUCGACUCGGCCACGCCUCUGACCCAAGUUCAUGCCGAGACUCCGGGUCGCCGAACCAAGGUUGUGACCACCAUCCAUGGCCGCGACGACGACAACAAGUCGACCGGUCUCGCUGUCAGCAUUGGGCAGCCGGACUCGGUGCUCCGCGCUUGGGAGCUGCCCGACUUCGAGGAGGUCGAGUCGGCCCGGACCACGGUGCUUGGCGACUGGUCCGCCCUCUGCUCGUGGAAAAGCCCGAGCGGUGCUGACUACGUGUACCUGUUUGGCAAGAAAGAGGCGAAGGUGUUUCUUGUUCGGAAGGACGACGACGAGGAUGACUAUGAGGAUUCCAAAUUUGUGGAGAUCCAAACCUUUCCCCUUCCGGUUGAGGCGUCGGGUUGUGCUACCGCGCCUUCCCUUCGCAAGAUGUUUGUCUCGGCCGAUGAUGACAAGGACGUGUACGUCUUUGACCUGGCCGAGUCCACUGCCGACCCUACCAUCAGCAAGACCGGUGAAGCCGCGGACGACGUAACGGGAGUGGCGGUUUAUGUGUCCAACACUACCAAUGUUGACUACCUCUUCGUGGCCAUGGACGACACCGUGGCUGUUUACGCGCCCCCGUUCAACCUCCUCGGCAACCUCAAACUCGUAGGGUACGAGGACAUUGAAAUCCAGGGCCUUGCCAUCUACCAGGGUUCCACGUCCAAGUACGCCAGCGGCGUGCUGACAUACGCCAUCGAGUCCGACGACAUCACCGGCUUCGGCGUUAGCUCUCUUGACGGCGCCAUCCAGCAGUUGGGCCUGCAGGUCAACACCAAAUAUGACCCCAGCCGCGAGUCCAAUAAGCCGUCGCCUAUCUGCAGCUCCUGCUCGAACAAUGGUUUCUGUACCCAGGUUAGCCGAGGCGUUGAAUGUUCAUGCUUUGCAGGUUGGCAAGGCAAGACUUGCAGCACGUACACUUGUGAAGACAACUGCUCCGGCAACGGUCAGUGUGUGGGACCGAACCAGUGCAAGUGCAACGCCGGUUGGGGGGGCCUCCACUGCUCUUUCGUCGUCGUACAGCCGGUCGCCGAGACGGACGCCAACGGCGGUGACGGAGACGACCCGGCCAUCUGGAUUUCGCCCUCCGACCGCAGCCAGUCGCGCAUCAUCACGACCACCAAGUCCGAGCAAGGUGCGGGCCUCGGCGUGUUCGACCUCUCGGGCAAGCUCCUGCAAACCAUCGCCGCCGGCGAGCCCAACAACGUCGACGUCAUCUACAACUUCCAAGCCGGGCCCCGCAAGAUCGACCUCGCCUACGCGGCCUGCCGCGACGACAACACCCUCUGCCUCUUCGAGAUCACCGCGAACGGCACCCUAACCACCAUCCCCGGCGGCAGCCAGCCGACCCCGCCCGACUACGAAGUCUACGGCUCCUGCACGUACCGCUCGCCGACCACCCAAAAACAAUACCUCUUCGUCAACGAGAAAUCCGCCAAGUACCUACAAUACGAACUCACCGCCACGGAGGACGGCACGCUGACCACCACGCUCUUGGCUGGUGGGCAGGGCACGAGUGAGGAGGCGAGCUUCAAGCUGGUGCCGUUGGAGAGGAUUUUGGGGGCGGACGUGGUGAGCCAGUUGGGGUUGUUGGAUGAGGUGGACAGCGAGUGGGAUCCCAGAGCUUAGGGGAAUCGGGAGGAUCUUUGGAUGAACAACAUGUUUUUGGCAGGGACGAUCAAUGUUAGGUAACACGGAGGCAAGGAGCCUGCGGGGGAAGAAGGUACUUCGGGGGUUUCGUAGUGGAGGACCAGAUUGAAUCUGGAAAGCGCAAUGUUGUGCAUGCUAGAUUUGUACGAAUCCUUCUCAAGGGCAGUGCGGUUAACUUCAACCCACAAUUUGAUACAUGAACAGCAAUCCGUGGAACAUGAAUGAGGUUCGU